AUGAGUGGCACAGGCACUGCAAAUGCACAGACUCAAUCGAGUCCCCUCGAGAGGGCAAACAGUGCCCUACUUCCAGAGAGUGCUGAUAAGCAACAACAGGAACAGAAUACGGAUCAGAACGGGAAGCCUAUAUAUGACAAUUGGGCCAUUGUAUCUGAUGCAAAGGCGAACAACUCCAGGCAGCUGCUUUACGCGCAUAUCUAUCAUUAUUUGAUAGAGAACCAUUAUUAUAAUGCAGCCCUCCAGUUUCUUCGAGAAGCAGACAUUCCUAUCUCAAUCUCCCCAACAAAAGAAAAUAAAACCAAAUUUAGUACUUCUAAGACGUAUCAAAAUAAUAGGAGGAACUUGAAUUCCUUAUUAAAGACAGAAAUGGUAAUAAAUUCCUCGAAUACUUUUCUUUUGGAAUGGUGGGAAUCAUUCAUGACUUUAAAUGAUUAUGUGGAAUCUACCCCCUCGGAGUUGUUACUUAAGAACAGAACAAACCACGACCCAAUUUACCCUAUAUUGCCUCAGAAAUAUACCGCUCAGCCUGGUCGUGUCUCCAAACCAUGGCCUCCAACAAGAACAGGACCUCCUAAUAUGAACCCCAAUGGGGUUAAGCCAGCACCACUCCCGCUAGAUCAGCAGCAGCAACAACAACAGCAAUUUCAAUUCCCACCACAACCUUCUAUGCCACCACAACAAAAACAGCCGCAACAAAAUUACAUGCAAACCAAUAUGAAUUAUCAGCAAGGAAUUCCACCUCAAUCACAAUAUCCCCCUAAUUCAGAAAUGACAUCAACACAUAAUAAUUUGGAAAGAAUAAGUAAUCCUGAAAUUCCUAAUGCUAACUAUCCUGCAAAUGUGCAGGGAUUCCCUAUGACAAGCAAUAAUUCUUUAUCAACUCCUGUGACACCAUAUGCAUCUCAUCCAACUCAAAAAAUCAACCAAGUUCCACAAGGCGUACAACCAAAUUCCCAAUAUAUGGUUGAUCAACUACAAAUGCAAAUGAUGUUUCAACAGCAGCAACAGCAGCAGCAACAAAUUCAAAGACAGAGGCAACAGCAACAACAAAGGCAACAGAGACAAAGGCAGAGACAGGUACAAGGGCAACCACAAGGCCCUCCCUCUUACCCAAACAUGCCUCCAUCUAAUCAAUACUCGAAUGAAAUGUAUCAACAACAGCAACAACAACAACAACAACAACAACAACAACAGCAGCAGCAGCAGCAACCUUUAUCAGCUACUGUGCCUCAAGAGUCCUCAGAGAAUAUGCGUAACUAUUCACCACUUAUAUAUUCAGAUUUAAUGCCCGAAGUAAGACAACAACAACAGCAACAACGGAAACCACAACCUCAAAAACCACACAAUCUAUCAUCCCAUCAAUAG